AAAGAGCUCGGAUAUUAAAAGAGUGGUCACUAUAGCGCACGUUAACCAAAGUUAACUCUCUAUGGCGCACAUUAGCAUAUACCAAUGUCUUCACCACCUCCUCUUCUCUCUUCUUUCUCGUUACACCCAUCACCUUUCUCCUUAUCCCUCGUUUUCUCCUUUAGGGUUAGGGUUCUCUCUUCUCUUAUUCUCCUUUACUAUUAGUAUUACAAUUACAAAUUCCUCUCUUCAAAUUUUUCUUUUUCCGCUAUUUUUAUUUAUUGUACCGAAUGCUUGUCCGCGCUGUUGUUUUUUCAGCUCAAACAACAUAAUUCAUGGACCCAAAGAGGCGAUAUUCCUACUCGAAUCUCUUCAAUCUUGAGUCAUUGAUUAACUUCCAGCUGCCCCAACUGGAUGAUGAUUUUGAUCAUCACGGGAAUAGUAGUCAGGAUGAGAGCAGAGGUAGCCCAGGUGGAGCACCCAGGAACCGGAGUAAUGGUAUAAUGUCUGGUAGGGAGUUGAAGAAAAAGAGGCGGACUUCAUAUAGUAGUGAUGAAGACGGGGAUGGGGACAGAGGUUAUAAUACCCAUAUUUCAGAGGAAAGGUAUAGAGCAAUGCUGGGAGAACACGUUCAAAAGUAUAAGAGGAGGCUUGGUAAUUCCUCAGCAAGCCCUGCGGCUACUCGUAAUGGGGUGCCUGCGAUGAGAAGUGGUGGAGGAUCAAGAGACCAGAAAUCAACAAAUGAUCAUAGAGGAGCACUCAGACUUGACUCUGCAUCAGAAUUUUUUAACAAUAGCACUCAGAAGUUAGGGAACCAUAUUCAGUCUGAUUUUCCAGGACCAUAUGGUGGUGAUAGAUCUAUUUAUGAACCUGCUUUCUUGGAUCUCGGGGAGGACAUCACAUACAGGAUCCCUCUACCCUAUGAAAAGCUGGCAACAUUAUUGAAUUUGCCAACCAUGUCAGAUAUUCAAGUUAAUGAAAUUUACCUCAAGGGUACACUUGAUUUGGAGACUUUGGCUGCAAUGAUGGCUUCUGAUAAGAGACUUGGGCCCAAACGUCAAGCAGGUAUGAGUGAUCCCAAACCCCAAUUUGAAUCUCUUCAGGCACGGUUGCGAGCCCAGCCAGCUAAUAGUGCCGGUCAGAAAUUCAGUCUGCAAGUCAGCGAAGCUGCAUUAGAGGCUUCUUCCAUCCCUGAGGGGGCUGCAGGAGGUAUACGGCGUUCUAUAUUGUCAGAGGGUGGUGUCUUACAGGUUUAUUAUGUGAAAGUGUUAGAGAAAGGAGACACCUAUGAGAUUAUUGAGCGUAGUCUACCCAAAAAGCCAAAACUGAAGAAGGAUCCUUCUGUGAUUGAGAAGGAAGAAAUGGAUAAGAUUGGAAAAUAUUGGAUAAACCUUGUCAGGAAAGAAAUCCCAAAACAUCAUAAGAUAUUCAUCAAUUUCCACAGGAAGCAAUUGACUGAUGCCAAGAGGUUUUCAGAAACUUGUCAGAGAGAGGUAAAAAUGAAAGUUAGCAGAUCACUUAAGGUGAUGAGAGGUGCUGCAAUUCGUACAAGGAAACUUGCUAGGGACAUGCUCGUGUUUUGGAAGAGAGUUGACAAGGAGAUGGCAGAAGUAAGGAAAAGGGAGGAAAAAGAAGCUGCAGAAGCUUUGAAGCGUGAACAGGAGCUUCGUGAAGCAAAGAGACAACAACAAAGGCUCAACUUUCUGCUAUCUCAAACUGAACUUUACAGCCAUUUCAUGCAAAAUAAAUCAACUUUAUCCUCUGAGGCUGUGACUUUAGGUGAUGAAAUGACAAAUGACCAAGAAAUGUUGUUAAGUUCCAGUGAAGCUAGACCUGGAGAGGAAGAGGAUCCUGAAGAGGCUGAGCUGAGAAAAGAGGCCUUGAAAGCUGCACAGGAUGCAGUUUCAAAGCAGAAAAUGAUGACAAGUGCAUUUGAUAGUGAAUGUCUGAAGCUGCGGCAAGCUGCUGAAAUUGAACCCUCCCAGCAAGAUGCCGCAGCCGCUAACAUAGACUUAUUGCAUCCGUCAACCAUGCCUGUGGCAUCAACAGUACAGACACCAGACAUAUUCAAGGGUACUCUUAAAGAGUAUCAAUUGAAAGGCCUCCAGUGGCUUGUAAAUUGUUACGAGCAGGGUUUAAAUGGCAUUCUUGCUGAUGAGAUGGGUCUUGGCAAAACUAUCCAGGCCAUGGCUUUCUUGGCUCAUUUGGCAGAAGACAAGAAUAUAUGGGGUCCCUUUUUAGUUGUUGCUCCUGCAUCAGUCUUGAACAACUGGGCUGAUGAAAUUGGUCGUUUCUGCCCUGAUCUAAAAACUCUUCCAUAUUGGGGAGGGUUACAAGAGCGAAUGGUACUUCGGAAGAAUAUUAACCCAAAACGUCUAUAUCGACGGGAUGCUGGAUUCCAUAUUCUCAUUACCAGUUAUCAACUGCUAGUCUCUGAUGAGAAAUACUUCAGACGUGUCAAAUGGCAAUACAUGGUGCUGGAUGAAGCUCAGGCAAUCAAAAGCGCAAACAGUAUACGAUGGAAAACAUUGUUGAGUUUCAAUUGUCGAAACCGUUUGCUUCUGACUGGUACUCCAGUUCAAAAUAACAUGGCUGAGCUCUGGGCGCUCCUCCACUUUAUUAUGCCUACUUUAUUUGAUAGCCACGAACAAUUCAACGAAUGGUUUUCAAAAGGAAUUGAGAACCACGCAGAGCAUGGUGGGACAUUGAACGAGCACCAGCUCAGCCGGCUGCAUGCCAUUUUAAAACCCUUCAUGCUGCGACGGGUUAAAAAGGAUGUGGUUUCUGAGUUGACUGGGAAAACUGAAAUCACAGUGCACUGUAAGUUGAGUUCUCGCCAGCAGGCAUUUUAUCGAGCAAUAAAAGACAAGAUAUCCCUUGCUGAGUUGUUUGAUAGCAGCCGUGGGCAUCUCAAUGAGAAGAAAAUUCUAAACCUGAUGAAUAUUGUUAUCCAGCUAAGGAAGGUGUGCAACCAUCCAGAGCUGUUUGAGAGAAAUGAAGGAACUUCUUAUUUCUAUUUUGGAGAGGUUCCAAACUCACUUCUACCUCCUCCCUUCGGGGAGCUGGAGGAUGUAUUCUAUUCUGGCGGUCGAAGUGCUGUUACAUACCAGAUACCAAAGCUGGUUUACCGGGAAGCUCUCGGAUCGAGCAUGCUUCACUCAACUAUGGCCCAAGGUGUAAGAAAAGAAUUAUUUGAUAAGUACUUUAACAUAUAUUCUCCGGAGAAUGUUCACCGCUCGAUACUGCAAGAAGUACACAAGUCAGAUGUUGGCUAUAUACGGAGCGGAACAUUUGGUUUUACUCGGUUAAUUGAUAUGUCACCUAUGGAGGUUUCAUUUUCGGCAACUGGUUCUUUCUUGGAAAAAUUGUUAUUCUCAAUUGUGAGAAGCAACCGACAAUUUUCAGAUGAAAUUUUGGACUUGCUGAUGGAGUCUGAGGAUGAUGAUCUCUAUUUUAGUCACCUUGGACGGGACAAAGUAAGAGCAGUGACACGAAUGUUAUUGCUUCCAUCUAGGACAGGAACAGAUUUAUUAAGAACAAGACGUGCCACAGGUCCUGGUGAUGCACCAUUUGAAGCUUUGGUCAUGGAACAUCAGGAUAGGCUUUUAUCUAAUGUUAAUCUCUUACAUUCCAUAUACUCCUUCAUUCCUAGAACAAGAGCACCCCCUAUAAAUGCUCAUUGCUCGGAUAGAAAUUUUGCUUACAAAAUGCUCGAGGAACUACACCAUCCAUGGAUUAAGAGGUUGUUGGUUGGGUUUGCACGCACAUCGGAAUAUAAUGGUCCUAGGAAGCCAGGUGUCACACACCAUUUAAUACAAGAGAUAGACUCUGAAUUACCUGUCUCACAACCUGCUCUUCAGCUUACAUACAAAAUAUUCGGGUCAUGUCCACCUGUGCAACCAUUUGACCCUGCAAAGAUGCUAACAGACUCAGGGAAGCUUCAAACACUUGACAUACUAUUAAAGCGCUUGCGGGCAGGGAACCACCGUGUUCUUCUCUUUGCACAAAUGACAAAAAUGUUGGAUAUUAUAGAGGACUACAUGCACUACAGGAAAUAUAAGUACUUGAGGCUUGAUGGAUCUUCCACUAUAAUGGAUAGACGAGACAUGGUCAAAGAUUUCCAGCAUCGGAGCGACAUUUUUGUGUUCUUGCUGAGCACAAGAGCAGGCGGCCUUGGUAUCAACUUGACAGCUGCUGACACAGUCAUCUUCUAUGAGAGUGACUGGAAUCCAACUUUAGAUUUACAGGCAAUGGAUAGAGCUCAUAGGCUAGGUCAAACUAAGGAUGUAAGGUUUCCACUUCUACAUUUUCUUUUUUGGACCAUGNCCCUUUUCAGCUUAUUUCUUCAGGCAAAAGAAAGACAAAAGAGGAAAGGUGGCACCAAAGGCAUACGAAUUGGUGCGGAUGGUGAUGCAUCAUUAGAAGAUCUUACAAACGGUGAAUCUGUUGGGAAUGGGGACGACACUCUUGAUCCUGGGAAAGCAAAAUCAAGUAGUAAAAAGAGGAAAGGUUCCACCGACAAGCAAACCCCAAAAUCGAGGCCUCAAAAGAAUCCGAAAAAUCUUGAAUCAUUAUCACCCAACUCACUGAUGGAAGAUGAUAUAGAUGGCUCCCCACAAAACAUUGACAUGCAACAAAGGCCAAAAAGACUGAAGAGGCCAACUAAGAGCGUCAACGAGAACCUUGAACCAGCAUUUACUGCCACCCCUCCUAUGAACCGAGAGGGGAACCAUAACUAUUCUUUGUCGGAUAUCAGCACCAGUGGUGGGAGAGCAGGAGCUGAGGAAGAAGCAUUAAGACAUAAUAAUCUAUUAGCUGGCUGAUAGUAUGACAAAUGCAUUAUUAUGUCUUAUUUUUUGUUGAGCUAUCGAGUCUUUCUUCCCUGAGGGAUUCAAGUGCAGGCUUGGACAGCAGAAACCCGUUCUGCUGGAAAAACGCAGUAGCAGAAUGAGGAAGUGCAGAAUUGUAUAUUGGUUGUACAGAAUAUUCAUAGGACUCCGAGCACGAGACUUCUUGGCUGCUAUACUUGAAGCAUGGUGAUGUACAGUAGGCACUCAUUUGUACCUUUUUUGUUAAAUAGUAAAAGUUAAUGUAAUCAGCCAAUAGUUGGCAAAAUGUUCUCCUGGAGGAGAUAUUUUUGUUGACAAUGUAAUCACAAGGAAUGAUCUUAUAGAGCCAUUAAAAGAAGAAUUCUUGGUGUUCAUAGGGCUAUAGUUGUAACCAUUAGUCCGUUUGCUUCUUUAAGAUGAUAUUGAUCAUCUACACAUUGCUCCGAUUACUUAACAUUAAAAGCCAAUGCUUUAACAA